GUGAAAAACAGGGAAAUGAAGAAAAAAAAUUGUCAGCUUAAGUUAACUUCACAUUGUUCCAGAGAAAAAUGAAGAAAGAUGGGCGGUCUUAACCCAGAGGUUCCCGGAUAGGACCACUGAAAGGGGGUGGGUCCAGAAUACACUGGAGAGGGCUAGCAGGUGUUCAGCUGAGACUGCCAGCUGGAAACAACAGAUGGGAAUUGCAGAGAGAAGAAAUGGUAAGCAUUUGGGAUAAUGCUGCAAUCGAGAACUGGAACAACUGAAAAUAACCAGGAUAUCUUGUGAAUGAUCGGAAGUCAGUGUGAGAACAAAAUCAAGAUAACUUGUUGGACCAACAAGAGAACCUUUUUAAGAACACUCAAACUUGGCUGGGAAUGAAAAGAGCUCAAGACUCUCAUCAGUGCCCAGAACCAACUUCUUCUAACCCCAGAUCUUCAAAUGGGCUUCAUCAGGUACUUGGAGGAAAAUUACCAAGCUAGGUCAUCUUCUCUGAUUUCCUGCCUUGCUGGCCUUCCAGCCCUGCUGACCACAUCCUCUCUCACCUUGCUUGUAUACUUCCUCACUAGACACUUUACCCAUGACUUCUCAGCCCCCCCAAAGCAGCACUAACUCCCACAAAGGGCUUCUGCCUCACCCUAGGGGCUCCAGUUCUCUCUCCCAUCCCUACCUCUCACUGCUCUUAAACCAUGACUCUCUUCUUAAAGGCAGCCAAUCCUAUUUUUUCCUAGACCCCCAACAUCCCCUUUCCCCACAGGUGACAGUGCUGACCACAAUGCUAUCAGGCCGAUGGUGGCCAAGUACCUGGGGGAGUCUAGGACUUGGGCCCCGAAACUCACCUCAAGGAUCUCAACUCUGUGCCCUCUAUGCCUUUAAGUAUACUGGAGCAGAUGGUCGGCAGGUAUCUCUGGCUGAAGGUGACAGGUUCCUACUGCUUCGAAAGACCAACUCAGACUGGUGGUUGGCAAGACGCCUAGGAGCCCCCACCACCUCCCGACCCAUCUUUGUCCCAGCUGCCUACAUGACAGAAGAACCCAUUCCUUCCCAGAGCCCAACUAUUGUUACUCCUAGCCAAUCCCUCUGGACCACUGGGCCAAAGUUAUUUCGUGGUUCCCUGGAGGAGCUCCACGCAUCUCCAGUUCCCCAAGCUACUACGUCUGAGCAUCCUCCUCCCCUAUCCACCAAAAUCUGUAGAAGUGUCAGUGUUGCCAACUUGAGGCCUAGCCUCCAGCAGCCCCUACAGGAAGGACCAAGUGGAAGAGCCCUCUCCCAGGAAUACUUACUGACAGAGGCCGAUGCCAACCUGGUGGAACCCCAGCCCCACAUGUCAGAGAACCCAGUGUACUGUAAUCUAGUGGACCUUCGUCGCUGUUCAGGGUCUCCACCCCCAGACCCUGCAUGCCCCCCAUUGCAGAGGCUGAACGCCUGGGAGCAGCACUUGGACCUCAACUCUGGACGUUGCUUUUACAUAAAUUCGCUGACUGGCUGCAAGUCCUGGAAGCCCCCGCGCCUGAGUCGCAUCAGAGAAGAGAACCCUGGCUCCAUGGAGGGGGCACACAGCUUGAACAGUGACAACCGUGUCCUGCAGCAACAGGCAGCAAAGGGCUCAGGAUCGACCACAGGCACCACAGAAUGGCCUGGCCCACAGGAUUCAUUCUGCCUCAGCCAACGCAUCUCCCGGCUGGAUCCAUCAGGACCACCUCCAACCUCACAGACCCCUGGAGCUCCAGCAAAGCUUCGGGAUGACCCCCAUGAAGUAGAAAAGUCUGGCCUGCUCAACAUGACCAAGAUUGCCCAAGGGGGGCGCAAGCUCAGGAAGAACUGGGGCCCGUCUUGGGUGGUGCUAGCCGGUAACAGCCUCAUGUUCUACCGGGAGCCACCGCCACCAACUGCGCCCUCCCCUGGCUGGGCACCAGCAGGUAGCCGGCCAGAAAGUAGCGUGGACCUGCGCGGGGCGGCCCUGGCGCACGGCCGCCACCUGUCCAGUCGCCGCAAUGUCCUGCACAUCCGUACGGUCCCUGGCCAUGAGUUCCUGCUUCAGUCGGACCAGGAGAGUGAGCUGCGAGCCUGGCACCGUGCGCUGCGGGCGGUCAUCGAACGGCUGGACCGUGAGAAUCCCCUGGAACUGCGUCUGUCCGGCUCUGGCCCCGCAGAGCUGGCGGAGCUGAGCGCUGGGGAGGAUGAAGAAGAGGAGGCAGAGCCGGUGACCAAGCCACUGCUGCGGCUCGGCGGCCGGAGGAGUUCCAGUCGUUGUCCGGAAGGUACUGAGCAGAACCGCGUGCGGAACAAGCUCAAGCGGCUGAUCGCCAAGAGACCUCCUUUGCAAAGCCUUCAGGAGCGGGGCCUGCUCCGAGACCAGGUAUUUGGCUGCCAGUUGGAAUCAUUGUGCCAGCGGGAAGGGGACACGGUACCCAGCUUUGUGAGGCUCUGCAUUGCCGCUGUGGAUAAAAGAGGUCUAGAUGUGGAUGGAAUUUACCGGGUAAGCGGGAACUUGGCUGUGGUCCAGAAACUUCGUUUCCUGGUGGACAGAGAGCGGGCAGUCACCUCUGAUGGGAGGUAUUUGUUCCCAGAACAUCCAGGACAAGAAAGUCGGUUAGACUUGGACCAUGCUGAAUGGGAUGACAUUCAUGUGGUCACUGGAGCCUUGAAGCUUUUUCUCCGGGAGCUGCCUCAACCUCUGGUGCCCCCACUGCUGCUGCCCCAUUUUCGUGCUGCCCUUGCACUCUCGGAAUCAAAGCAGCGCCUUUCUCAAAUCCAAGAAUUAAUAGACACAAUGCCAAAGCCCAACCAUGAUACUCUGCGGUACCUCUUGGAGCAUUUAUGCAGGGUGAUAGCACAUUCAGAUAAGAACCGCAUGACCCCCCACAACCUGGGAAUUGUGUUUGGACCAACCCUGUUUCGACCAGAGCAAGAGACGUCCGACCUGGCAGCGCAUGCGCUUUACCCUGGGCAGCUGGUCCAGCUGUUGCUCACUGACUUCAGCAACCUCUUCCCCUGACUUGGGCCAAGAAGAGGAAACCAUUGCCAGUGAUCUGUUAGCUAACGUGUGUGUGUGGUAGUGUUUUGAGGACAUUGCUAAACUGUCUCCCAAAGAACCCUCUCCAACUUUCUGAAUCUGACUUGAAUUGGGUUGGAAUAGGAUAAGAGAGUGUUCUGAAGAGGAAAGUAGAAGGAAGGAACCCCCACUUUUCUUCUUGGUCCCUCCCCAAAUAUAUCACAUAAAACAGCA